GCUAUAUAAUGAUCGUCAUCAAAUUCCGGAGGGCAGUAAGUAGUGAUUUCGAUCGGAUUUCAAUCGUUUGGAAAUCGAUCGUACAAUGAGGGCCCUGUUCGUCUUCAUUUUGGCUGUAACGGUCGUCAAUGUGCUAGGGGCACCAUAUUUGGACGAGUUGUAUCGUCUUACGUCUAGUUUGGAUGACAGCGAUGAAUCAGGCAGUAUCGAAAGAAAUGUCAGAGAUCGUCGAAUAAUUAGAAGACCAUGCAAACGAAGAAUUACGGAUGACUCAGAUGAGUCCGAUGAAUCAGACGAAUCAUUGAUCCCGAUAUGGUCAGGUGUAGGCAGAGGUAGCGGAUCUGGAUGGGGAAGUGGUUCAGGCAUAGGUCAGGGAGGCGGACAGGGUGCUGGUAAAGGUUCAGGUUCAGGUGUGGGUCGAGGCAGUGGAUCUGGUUCUGGCGCAGGAGCAGGCAGUGGCAGUGGAUCUGGUUCUGGAGCAGGCAGUGGCAUUGGAUCUGGUUCUGGUGCAGGAGCGGGUCGUGGAGCGGGCCGUGGUAGUGGAUCUGGUUCUGGCGCAGGAGCAGGCAGUGGCAGUGGAUCUGGUUCAGGCGUAGGAGCGGGUCGUGGUAGCGGAUCUGGUUCUGGUGCGGGAGCGGGCCGUGGUAGUGGAUCAGGUUCUGGCGCAGGAGCAGGCAGUGGCAGUGGAUCUGGUUCAGGCGUAGGAGCGGGCCGUGGUAGUGGAUCUGGUUCCGGUGCAGGAGCAGGCCGAGGUAGUGGAUCUGGUUCUGGUGCAGGAGCGGGCCGUGGUAGUGGAUCUGGUACUGGCGCAGGAGCAGGCCGAGGUAGUGGAUCUGGCGCAGGAACAGGCAGUGGCAGUGGAUCUGGUUCUGGCGCAGGAGCAGGCAGUGGCAGUGGAUCUGGUUCUGGUGCAGGAGCGGGUCGUGGCAGUGGAUCUGGUUCUGGUGCAGGAGCGGGUCGUGGUAGUGGAUCUGGUUCUGGCGCAGGAGCGGGCCGUGGUAGUGGAUCUGGUUCUGGCGCAGGAGCAGGCCGAGGUAGUGGAUCUGGCGCAGGAGCAGGCAGUGGUAGUGGAUCAGGUUCCGGUUCGGGAGCGGGCAGUGGUAGUGGAUCUGGGUCGGGAUGGGGUAGUGGUUCGGGAAUCGGACAAGGUGUCGGCCGAGGAUAUGGAUCUGGUUCAGGAGCGGGUAGCGGUAGUGGAUCUGGAUCAGGAAGUGGUUCAGGCACCGGACAAGGCAUAGGGGUUGGUUUAGGUGGGCUCCUUUGAAACACUACCCGAAGUGUUAGAUUUCCGGAUGGGUCCUACAAGUGAUAACCUGACAAACUGGAAAUUUCAUUCAUAGACCACGUUGAAACUCCCGCUAUUAAUCAAAUGCGCCAUCUUCAAGGAGUCGUACAUUAUUUUUAAGUCUUUUCAAUGAUUCGCAUUAUUUGAAUAUUCGCGCAUUCUAUCCACUAUUGCUUUAUUGGCCAUUGUUACUAUCGAAUUUCACCAUGUAUAUACAUUAUAUUAGCCAAAAGAAUAUAGCAUGAUACAGAAUCUAUA